AUGGAUGCUAAAAUUGAAGCUCUUGAGGCGGACGACUUCGACGACAGCCGAAACAAGGCAAUUCUGAUCGUUACUUCCGUCUUCCUCGCUAUCUCCUUGUUGAGUGUUAUCCUAAGAUGUUUCGUUCGCACACGCGUCGUUCGUGCUUGGGGGUGGGAUGAUGGAACUAUGGUUAUAGCUAUGGCCUUCAACACAGUCUUCGCCAUCUGUGGAAUCGUUGGUUGUAAAUACGGACUCGGGAGGAAAUUGGCUUAUUUUACCCACCACCCAGACGACUUCCACCGCGCAAUGAUGGUACGAUCCCAGCCCUACCAUCCCGAACCCAAACUCACAUACUUCCAGUGCUGGUGGAUAGCCCAACUUUUCUACGUAUUAACCUGCGUCGCCGCAAAAGUCUCCAUUAUCAUCGCCCUCCUCCGCAUCACCGUCUCUCGCGUCCACGCAUACAUCCUCUACGCCGCUAUGUCUCUCGCCACUGUCGUUGGCAUCAUUUUUUUCUUCUUCACCAUGUUCCAAUGCACACCCGUCAACUACUUCUGGAACAAUGCGCAGCCAAAUGCCCAUGGCUCGUGUAUCGAUAAAAAUCCCCUCAUCGCUAUCGCCUACUUGUAUAGUGUCGGCGCCGCUAUUACAGACUUGACUAUUGGAUUGCUUCCGGUGGCGUUGAUCUGGAAUUUGCGCAUGAAUCGCCGCACUAAGGGUGCCAUGGUCGCUAUUUUGGGUAUUGGUUGCAUUGCGAGCGCUGCGGUUAUUAUUCGCAUCCCUUUCAUUCACUACUACAAAGAUAGAGAAUUCCUAUACGCAACUUACCAAAUCUCCAUCUGGUCCAACGUCGAAGCGGGAAUCGGCAUCACAGCAGGCUGUCUAACAACCCUCCGUCCAUUAGUCCGCUUUCUCCGCGAUGGCUCCUCAAAUGGUCUAAGUCGCACACCAAGCUCGUUUCCACUAUCCAACAACGUCGCCGGCGGCUUCCACCGCUCCACGCCAUCGAAGCAGAUCUCUCCUGACGACGGACGCCAGCUCUGGACCGGCAGAGGGAGUGACGAAUACCACGGUGUUACGACGACUAUCUCCAGCGCGCAUCAGAAACUACCUGAUUCCAGUGAGGAGGACUUGGCUCCGUAUAGCAGUGACCUCGGUGCUUCCGGGUGGAAAGUCGAGAGGUCUGUUCGCGUGUCUGUGCGCAAUUCAUGA